GGGAGUAGCAGCAGCGCCCCAGCCAUCGCGCCUGCUGCAGCCGAGCUAUGCCGAGACCCGUUGACUGCGGCGAUGAGCAGCUCCAAGCGGAGGGAACCCGACGGCGACCCAGCCAUUCGUCGCUGAAGCGGACCUGCCCGGCGCCUCCCGCGCCGCUCUGCAUCUCCUGGGCAGACGGGCCAUAGGGGAGAGGGGAGCUCCUCCUUGCCUGGCUGCGUUCACCUUGCCAGGGUAAAGGGUGGUGGGAAAAGAGGCGGCGACACAUCCUACCCCCCACCCACCCAGUUGCCAGCGGGGGAGGCAAAGGACCAGAGGCUUAUCCCUCCAUGGCGCCCCUUCCAUGCUAUGAUCCCAAGGUGGGGAACCGGGCAAAGACAGUUUCCCACCCCUCUUGCAGGCCUCGUUGAUCUCGUAGGAGCAGGGUUAGGCGUGGAAUGUGUUCGUUCUGUGCCGUGAAAUGGUUGCUGCUGUUAGGUGGAGGACCCACUCCUACAUAUCAGUGUUGAUAGCUCAUAAGUACCGAAGAAGCUGAUUUCUUUUGUUUCCCUCGCUAAGAUGCCCAGCGAGAGCCUCCAAAGUAGCAGUGGGGUGGCGGAGGAGCCUGCCUUAAGGGAGGGUAAGAGUGGGGCACAGAGCCCUCAAUGCAACUCCUUGCACAGGGCUGUAGCUACUGCAGUGACCUUUGAUGGAGAAGCCACCACCGAGAGACGGAAGAAGAGGAAGAAGGAGUCCCGCCCAGAAUCAAUCAUUGUCUACCGAUCGGGGAAUGAGAACAAGGUGGAUGAAGAACAGGUGGAUGAGGAUGGGGGCGAGAGAAGCUCAGAGGAAGGUUCCAAGUUCUUGGGACACUCUGCCGAUGGUUCUUGGGCCAUGCCAUUAGAUAGCAGAUACGUUACUUUAACUGGCACCAUCACGAGAGGAAAGAAGAAAGGCCAGAUGGUGGACAUUCAUGUUACACUCACUGACAAGGAGCUGCAGGAGCUGGCCAGGUCGAAAGAGCCUCCCAAAACAGACAUCCCUGAAGGGAAGAAAGCUUGUGAAGUUGGGCUUUCUAAAGGCCCUCAUGUCCUUCUCUGGAGCCUCACCUGUCUCCCCAUCAUAUUCAUCAUGUCCUUUGUGGUGUCCUUUUACUAUGGCACCAUUGCCUGGUACAAUGUCUUCCUGGUCUACAACGAAGAGAGGACCUUCUGGCACAAGAUCACCUUCUGCCCUUUCCUAAUUAUCUUCUACCCCAUCAUCAUCAUGGUGGUGUCCUUCUCUUUGGGCCUCUACACAGCAGUGACACAGAUCUCGUGGGCCUUUGGGGAUUGGUGGCAUGCCGUGAGGGAUAUGGAGAAAGGAUUCUGUGGUUGGCUGUGUAGCAAGAUGGGCAUGGAAGACUGUUCCCCGUACAGCAUUGUUGAGCUACUAGAUUCUGACAAUGUCUCCGGGAGCUUGUCAGCCAAAGGCUCAGCCCAAGGUGAAGAGAUUUCAGCUGUCUGAGCCUUUGCUUUAAGUGUCUCUAAGUUUUCAUUUUCACUUGCAUUGCAAAAGUACUUUGGGAGGCAUGCGCGUACAGUCGAGUCUUAGGGAAUAAAGCCAAUUCAAACAUUUGGGGUGGGGCAUGGGGAAGAAAAGGGGGACAGUCCUUCCUAGAUGGUACCACUUCAAAACCAAGGGGUGAUUGCAAGUUUUAAUACAUUCAACACCCUGCCCCCAUCAAAAAUCAUCUUCUUGUCAAAAGCUAAAGUGUUCAAGGAAAGUUCCAGCCUAGCUGUGUUUUUGAUUUCCUAUUAUGCCUGACCUACCCAGAUCCAGUUUAUACCACUUCAGGCUACAGAUGAAGGGUCACAUGUUUGAAUAAAUUAAAUGUCUUCCCGUACAUUUAAAAGCAGCACAUAAUUGAGAAGAGUAAACUGAAGCCAUCUCUUCUGACAUGUCUCUCCUGUGUGUGUAGGAAUUUGUUUUUUUGUGAGAUAACAUCCAAUCCACUGCCUGAUACGGUUCAGCCCAGGUACAGCUUUGUCACUCAAGUCUACUGAUUGUAUACCUGUACACUGGCAUUUAGAUUCUCAAGCGAAUAUGAAGUGCCAACGUUCUGGGUGAAGAAUCUCCCAUUCUUUAUAAGAUGACCAUUCAUGACUGGCUAAUAAUACUGCUGAUCUGACCAGUGCUCUUUGUUGGGUUUUAUUAAAGCACACGGUUUAGUGACAAAAGGUCUGUUGUUUGGCAGGGGGUGUUGCUUGUUUGGGAGUGGCGGGGAAAUAAUAAAAUUUGCCCCCAAACAUUUUUUAUUUUGCAAACUGGAUCUUCCAGUGUGAACACACAGGUGCAAUCUUCCACUUGAUGCCUGCCUUCCUUGUGUUGAAAAGCAGGAGCUAACAGGUGCUAUGGGUAAUGACUGCAAUCUGAAAUGCACCGAGUAUGUUGCAUUAAGACAGGGCCCAGGCACAACUACCCAUAGCCUGUGAUGCUGUAGGACACUGUCUUAAAAACUAGAGUCCCAAGAACGGUCUCCAGGUAAAGAAGUGAGGAACCUGAACCCUCCAAGCCCUAUCAGUCCCUCCCUCAUUUUAUCCGACCCCC